UUUGAUUGCAACUAUAAGACCAUCAAAAUACCGAAACACUAAGGUUAGAUAACUAAGGUAAAAAUGUCAUCUCGUGUGCUCAAAAACCUCAUCGCAAUGCUUGAGGCGGAGGAAGCCGCAGAAGCGUCCAAAUCCAUCAAUAACGGCACUUCAAACUCGUUUAACAACCAUGGCAACGGGGGCCAAAAUUUCUCCGGUGCAAAAAUCAACAGCGGUGCAAAUUCCGGUGACCGAAACGUACACCGCACCACCAAUAAUAACCGUGACCGUACGAUUAAUAACCACGGUAAUGUUGUUGGUCAUGGAAAUGGAGGAUUUAUUGAUGGUAAUUUUGAUGCCUCCUCAAAGACCUACAACUAUUAGUUAUAUGUAUUUGUGAUCAUAUAUAUCAUAUCAUAUAUAUGCUACAUGCAAGUAUAAUAAUGAAAUUGAAGCUAUAUAUAGUUCCAAUGGUUUAUAUGGUUUAAUGUUGCUAUAGGAGGUUCAAAAUAGAAACUUCUGUCGCUGUAAUAAAUCUUCAUAUAUUUGAUUAUAUAUAGUUUUUUUUUUU